GUCACUUUGGGAUGCUCGUUAUGCAUCACAUGGAUUAAUAAUGAUCAUCCUUGAACACUAGUGUAGCGGAAACCAUGCGUUUCCCUAUGGGCAUUUCUGCAUCCAGGAAGAAUUUCUUCCUCUCUGUGUAUUCUCUUGUGCUGAGAUUGCAUUUCACAGUGCUUUUUCUGUGCACCACUGCUUCCGCAUGCCCCAAGAGUUGUUUGUGCACAGACAGGAAUGGCCUGGUGGUAGUGCAAUGUUCUUCCCGCAACCUUGAGACCAUCCCUUCUGAUCUACCACAUGACACCGUUGCCCUGCUGCUCUCCUCCAAUCACAUCACAAAGAUCCCUGGCCAAGCUUUUAAACACCUUCCUCGCCUGCAGGAGCUCGAUUUGUCACGCAAUGCCAUUGACAGUGUGGAUGGUAGCGCUUUUCAGGGCAUCUCGGACACCCUGCGUAUGCUUAAUCUGUCUCACAACCGCCUGCGCGGAGUACCCAAGGAGGCGUUUGCACGGCUCCAUGCCAAGAUUGGUCUGGCAAACAACCCAUGGCAUUGUGAAUGCACAUUACAGGAGGUGCUGCGUGAGCUAGAACUUGACCCUGAGACCGCCAGCGAGGUGAGCUGCCAUACAGCUGUGCAGGAUGAGUAUGCUGGCAAGCCUGUCAUUCAGGUCCUGGACUCCGGCAUUAACUUCUGCAACUUUCAUCAUAAGACGACGGACGUGGCCAUGUUUGUCACCAUGUUCGGCUGGUUCACCAUGGUGAUUGCUUACGUCAUAUACUAUGUGCGGCACAACCAAGAGGAUGCCCGCAGGCACUUGGAGUAUCUCAAGUCUCUGCCAAGCAGUUCCCAAAUUAGCAAAGACUUGGACACAAUCAGUACUGUUUUGUAGUGUCUACAUCAAAGCCUAGGGUCAGCAUUAACUAAUGGGGAACAGCCAUGAUGGCAUAGCAGCAAGCCUUAAAGCUCAUCCUGAGCACUCCACAAACAAAUACACAAUGCAGUUUUCUUUAUUCACUUCUGAAAAUGUACAUCUUACAGUGCAAACUGUCUAAAUGCGCUAAUG